AGGAUGGGCUCUGUCAGAAGCCUAUCACAGGCUAGGCGCUGACCUUUGGCCCCCCCCGGGGCCUCCCUCUCCGGCGCCGGUGGAGGAUCGCUUCCGCGCAUGCGCAAAGGGGACGGGGGAGGAGGGGGGGUGCGACACCGAUACACUGUAUAGCCAGUUCCGCCUCCGUAGCUGCUUCAACCUUUGCUUCAUCCCUUUGCCACCCCUAGAGCUGGGUUCCCAUCGUUACCUGCGCGAGGGGACAGGGAGGCAGGACCGGCAGCGGCGCGCUCCCGGAGCGUACGGUCUCGGCUGUUCCCCUCCCGCGGGCAGGUGGCCGGGGUCGGCGGGAGAGGCGAGGGGGAGGCACUCAGCAGCGCCAUGUCGGCGGGCGGUCCGUGCUCGGCGGGGCCCGGCGGGGUCUCCGGGGGUGCCUCAUGCGCCUCAGGGGUGCCCCCCGGGGGGGUGUCAAUGUUCCGGUGGCUGGAGGUGCUGGAGAAGGAGUUUGACAAGGCCUUCGUGGACGUGGACCUGCUCCUGGGCGAGAUCGACCCGGACCAGGCGGACAUCACUUACGAGGGACGCCAGAAGAUGACCAGCCUGAGCUCCUGCUUCGCGCAGCUCUGCCACAAAGCACAGACCGUGUCCCAGAUAAAUCACAAGCUCGAGGCACAGUUGGUGGAUCUGAAAUCUGAACUGACAGAGACCCAAGCUGAAAAAGUAGUAUUAGAAAAAGAAGUUCAUGAUCAACUUUUACAGCUGCACUCCGUUCAGCUUCAGCUGCAUGCCAAAACUGGCCAGAGUGUUGACUCUGGUACCAUUAAGGCAAAACUGUCUGUCCCCUCUGUGGAAGAACUGGAGAGAGAGCUUGAAGCAAACAAAAAAGAAAAAAUGAAAGAAGCUCAACUUGAAGCUGAGGUGAAGUUAUUAAGAAAGGAGAAUGAAGCCCUUCGUAGACACAUAGCAGUUCUCCAGGCGGAAGUUUAUGGGGCAAGACUGGCAGCCAAGUACUUGGAUAAAGAAUUAGCAGGAAGAGUCCAACAGAUCCAGUUACUGGGUCGAGAUAUGAAAGGGCCUGCUCAUGACAAACUUUGGAACCAACUAGAAGCUGAAAUUCAUCUGCAUCGUCACAAAACAGUUAUUAGAGCCUGCAGAGGACGUAAUGACCUGAAACGAUCAAUGCAAGCACCACCAGGACAUGAUCAGGAUUCCUUAAAGAAAAGUCAAGGUGUUGGUCCAAUCAGAAAGGUCCUUCUCCUUAAAGAAGAUCAUGAAGGACUUGGCAUUUCAAUUACAGGUGGAAAGGAACAUGGUGUUCCAAUUCUCAUCUCUGAAAUCCAUCCUGGACAACCUGCUGAUCGUUGUGGAGGGCUGCAUGUUGGAGAUGCCAUUCUGGCAGUCAAUGGAGUUAACCUGAGAGAUGCUAAGCAUAAAGAAGCUGUAACUAUUCUUUCCCAGCAGAGAGGAGAGAUUGAGUUUGAAGUAGUUUAUGUUGCUCCUGAGGUAGAUUCUGAUGAUGAAAACGUGGAGUAUGAGGAUGAGAGUGGACACCGUUAUCGUUUGUAUCUUGAUGAAUUAGAGGGAAGUGGAAAUCCUGUUGCUCAUCGGAAAAGUGCAAGUGGGGACUUAAAACUGUUACAAGGCUUUAAUAAGAAGCCAGUAAUUGAUGGACAUGAAAAUGGAGACCUGGGAACCUCAAAUGAGACUCCUCUUGAUGACAGUGCAUCUAAGUUAGCUGAGUCUGCAGAAUCUUUGUCAUAAAUGGUUUAUUAAAUUGACUUUUCUGCAGGCAAUAUUGUUACUCAGACUGUUAUGGAUUUUAUAUACCAGGGGAGGUUGUGAAAAGGACUAUCUAAAAGCAAAGGGAGGCUGUUGUUUAUUGCCUAAAUUAAAGGCAGUUACCUCAGGGCUUCAUUGUGAGCAAUUCUAAAUGUUUAAAACUCUCUGUUUUCUGUGAUAAACCAUAAUUAGCAAUUGCAUGUAAAGCAAUUUUUAUUUUCUUAAAAUUGUAAGCACCAAAGCAUGUGUUUCCCAAAGGGAUAUUACUAAGCUUUUAAGGUACAAAAUGAAGCAUAAUUGUUUCAUUUGGUUCCUUUUUCACUUAACAGAAGGACAGUGUUAACAGGAAUCUAAUAGGAAAUAGCCUUUAAUUACAAAAGAGUAAAUUAAAUUGUUUUAAGUGUAUCCCUGAAUGCUAUAUUGUGGUGUUUAAAUUGCAAAAUUUUAUUCUCUUAAUAGCAGGGAAGUGGGCUUAACUUCAAAACAAAGCAAAAAUAUGCCACAUUUAAAUAUUUCAAAAUUGGAGGAAUGAUUUAGUUUUCUAUUUAUUACAGAUUUUGAUUCCUUAAUCAUUUCUUAGUGAUCAUUUAGGUGUAAUGAGUAUGCCUUUCAGCUUUGUUUAAUGCUGUUAAAAAGUAGUUUAAGCAAUCCUUUGUCAAUCAAUGCUGCACUAGAAAUAAUUUCUAAAGUGUUCUUGCACAUUAUACUUUUUUGUUUUUUAAAAAAUUCAAACAAGUGUAAAAUAUCUGUUCACAAUUAUGUUGAUGCAUGUGCAUGGCAUUGUUCAGUCCCAAACUUUCUUCCUGGUGUCCUUUUGAGAUUAGUUUUACACAUUUUGAGUUGUUCAUACAGUUCGUCAUGCUGUGAUAGUCCUGGUACUUAAAAGUUCAAACUGUUGUUGUUAACGUGAAAUACAUUGCCUUUGAAGAAUGGUUUUAAAGUAACUGAUAAUUGAUAUAAGUCUCAAGGCUCAGGGCACACAUGAAGUAUUAGGAAACUUGAUACAGUAAUUGUCUUGGUUAGUUUUUCCAUGUCUGUAGCUGUUUUCCUUAUUCUUCUUAUGCAGACUUUACAAAUAUGCUAGUUUCUCUUAUCCCAGAGCAAAACCUGUUUUGAUUGCUGUUAUGUGCUACUGUGCAAGCCACUAUACCUUAGUGGGCAAUAUCAAAGCAUUGUACUUAAAGAAAUGAGUUUUGCCAAGAUUGUUUUUUAAAGACCCUAUGUAGAUGGAGAAAAACCUAAACGGCCUUUAGAAUGAUAUCAGUUUAUUCAAUGCCUAAUGUUGAAAUGUUACAUGAUGCAGGACAAGGUUCCUGGCUUCUCCUAGGUGCAUUAUAUAUUUGUUUAUAGAGAAAUCUUUAAAAUGUAUAUACUUUAUUCAGUGAUUUUGCUAUUUAUAAAUCUUGUUUGUAACUGUUGCUCAUUGAUAGAUUUUUGUUGUUGCUGUUGUUAUUGUUUUGUUUUGGGAGGCAGUUUCAUUCACUCAGCUUGGCUAUUUCCAUGUUAAAUUUUUAAUAGUAGUGCACUUCAUAAUAUUGUAUAUUGUUACUGAUAUUAAAAUACCUUAUAGCAUAACAUUGCCUUUAAGCAAACGCUAGUAUUUAAUGAUAGAAAUGAGUAAGCAAGCAAGGUGCACAUCAUUGUUUGCUCUAACAUCAUUUUUGGUGGGAGGGUGGGGGGAGCAAUUGCUUUUUCAUGCAUGAUAUGAGAUCUGCAGUUGGAUUUCAGUGUGUAUUCAUUUUUGUAAUGCUUUGCUGUGAGGUUUUUCAUUGUGGCAAAUCUAAAACUAUUCCUCUAGGGCAUGGAGUUUUUUUUCUUUUCCUAUUUUCCAAAAAGAUAGUGAAUGAUGAUAGUGAUUAUCACAUUUUGCAGAGAAUAUCCUCCUUUUUAUCUGUGACUAAAACUUUAAGACUUCCAACUUUAAGAUGGAACCUGUUGUUUAAAGAGAACUAACUUUUAGAUUUAUGAAGAGUUAUUAUGGUCCUGAAACUGAGAUAUCUGUGAAGAUGAUGAUGUGAUUUGGAGGAUGUUGUGAAGGAUUGGAAGUUCCUUCCCCAGAAUUUAAUAUCCAGCCUGGAAUGAACAAGGUCAUUGAAAACACUACUCUUUAUUUUUUUGUUGAUAUCCCACAGCCUGCUGCUGUAGUCUUUCAAGGGCUGUUGAAUAGAGAAUUAUAGAAAGAGGUAAAUGUCUGUAUGACUGUCUCCACUUCAUCUCUUCUCUACCUUGGUUUUGAAGCCCCAGAUUAGAGCACUGUUACUAGGAUGCUACUGUGAAUAAUCUGUGCUUCCCACCAAUGGGUAGCCAUACAGGUGCUUUGGUAGCUGUUGCAGUUCAAAAUUCACCUAGGAGCUAUAGCACGUUGAGAAUGAACUAGGAAUUACAGAGAUGAUUUCUCCUUUUCUUUCUGUUUUGCUCCUAACUGUACCUCUCAGACCCUGGUCCAAAGAGGAGUUAGAUUUAAGAAGAGUUUCCAAUGUAAAGCAGUAUUGAUGUUUUCAUUUGUGUAAGAAAGAAACCAUCAAUAUAUAGCAAUUAAGCCAAUUACACAAUUGCUUCUAAGACAAAACCAGACUGUCAAGAAAAAAGAGAAUGAUUUGGAAGAGGGGUGCGUGCGUGUGUGUGUGUGUGUGUGUGUGUGUGUGUGUGUGUGUGUGUGUGUGUAGGGUGGUAAUGGUGGUUGAAAAGGUCUAGAUAAUGACCAUAGCAAAUAUACACAUCUAACAUCAGGACCAUUUUCUAAAGAUUCCUUAUCUGUAAUGCCUCUAUAGAAUUUAACAGAAUAUUGACUUUUACAACAUGGGACCAUACUAAGGUAGAGUUAAGAAAAAUGAAAAAUCCUUGGUGGUGGAGGUAACUGAACAAUUGUCAAAAGAUGGUUGAAUUUCCUUGGUGAUGGUACUUUUACCACAUUGGGAAUUUUUGUGUCUGUCUUCAGAAACUCAAAAGGUGUUUUCUAUACGUAUUAAACAUUAUUUUACAACAUUAUUUAUUAUAUAAUCCAAUAUCCAAUUCAGGGUUGGGCUUAUCAGUAAAAGAUGUAAUAUUUGCAACAACUGUAUUAUAACUAGUUAAGUUGGGUUGAAUAUUUUUUUAUUAGCCUGUAAAUAAAGAUGGCAUCUUUACAUUGAAAUGAUGUUUUAUCUUAUUUAACAAAAAUAAAUUUUUUGUGCUUCUUUG